AAAUAUAUUAAUAUAUAAUAAUAUAUAGUUACGUCUUUAAGUUGAGUGGUAAUCAGUAUAUUUGAGUGUUUGUAGGGCGACACAAUGAUAGGACUUAUUGUGUUCAUAUUAUUGUUUGGAUUUAUAUUCAAUUAUUUUUACAAAGCAGCGUAUAUACGACCGGAUAAUUUUCCGCCAGGCCCACCAAGACUUCCUGUUUACGGCGGGUAUUGGAUUCUUCUGGCAAAAGCUUACAACAAUCUAGGAUUGGCAUCAACACGGCUUGCCAAGGAAUACAAAACUAAAAUCGUUGGCUUAUUUUUGGGACCUUAUCCGCAAAUAAUUGUCAAUGAUCCAAUCAUAAUUAAGGAGGUAUUGAUUAGGGAAGAAUUCGACGGUAGGAUGGACACUGUUGUCUCCCGUUUGAGAUCAUUUUGGAAGAAAUUUGGAAUAUUCUUUACUGAUGGUUACUUCUGGCACGUACAAAGAAGAUUCACGUUGCGUUACAUGAGGGAUUCUGGUUUCGGCAGAAGAGAUAACGUCCUGGAGGAUGUGAUUGCUCAUAAUACAAAGGAGGUUAUGAAUAUUGUUAUUAAUGGUCCGCAAACUAUUGAGGAGAAGGUAAUAGUGAGAGGUGACCUUAUAUACUUACCACACUUUUUUGCUGUACCUUUUAUUAAUGGUUUACUCCAUAUUAUAACUGGUUCUACAUUCCCGCGGAAUAUGUAUCCCGACUUGUGGUAUCUGGCGAAACAAACCCUGCUUUUCCAAAGAAGCACCAACGACCUUGGCGGGGCACUGAUUAUUACUCCGUGGUUGAAAUCAAUGUUGCCUGAGUUCAGUGGAUUCAAAGGCCUGAGUAACGGGAACCAAGCCCUGUUAGAUUUCUUCGAGGUCAUUAUCAAGGACGCGAUAGAAACAUAUGACGAGAAAUAUGAUAGAAGUUUUCUGGAUAUUUAUAUAAGAGCGAUGAAGGAGGACAUGAAACAAAAUAAACGAUCGACAUACUCAGUUCAACAGCUACAGUUAAUAUGCACGGACUAUAUGUUCCCGACCGCGACAGCUGUCGAGAUGGUUCUGACUAUGUUGGUCGAACAAAUGCUGAUGCAUCCUGAAGUCCAGGAGAAGAUACACGAGGAGAUUGACAGAGUGGUUGGAAGAGACAGAGCACCGACACUGGAUGACAGAAACAAGAUGCCAUACACGGAGGCCUGUAUCAGAGAAAUGAUGAGGACUGAGACUCCUGUGACGCUGGGGGUUGCCCAUCGUGCCAUGGUCGACACUAAACUCGGAGGAUACGAUAUACCCAAAAAUACAUCUGUAUCAGUAAACUAUGUUAGUCUACAUAUGAGCAAGGAUAUCUGGGGAGACCCGGAAAGCUUUAGACCCGAACGAUUUAUCGUCAAUGGAAAACUUCAAGUUAGCAGUGACAAGUCUCUUCCUUUUGGAGCUGGGCGAAGAUUGUGUGCUGGCGAGACGUUUGCCCGGCAAGGCAUGUUCCUAGUUCUCGCCAUGUUUAUGCAACAGUUUAAAUUAUCAACAGCUGAUGGAAAACCUCUUAAACAGGCGUCGAAAAGGAUACAGGGCAUUAUAACUACAAUACCUGAGUUUUGGGCUCGGGUUACUCCAAGAUAUUGAAGUGAUUUACUCUCCUUUAUACUGUUUUAUUACUGUUUUUCUCCCUAUCUUAUGAUAUAAUUAGAUUUCUCACCUUUUGGCAAAUCUCCGAUUUGUUAAAUGUCUUUAUACUGUGUCAUGGUUAAUGCUUGUGUACGGCGAAUUAUUAAGUGAAACAGUAAAUAGAUUAUUACAAUUUGGCAAUAUGUUAAUAGAAUUCGGUGGACAAAAUAAAUAUAGUUUAUUGAAUUUAUGAUGACCGCUCUCAGUACAAGCAAUAAGUAUUUAUUCCUUACACAUUCUAUAAUAUAAAUGUCAAGCGUCAUUGUAGAUGGGACUAUCUAUAUGUAUAACAUUGUUCCUAAUUUACGGCCGUUUUCAAUAACCUAUCUAUCCUUAGUUUAAUUUACUAGAGGUAGACAAAUCUAUCAUUUUACGCUUACUUACAUUUCAACAACCUAUCGAUAUAAAGCAUUGGACAUAUCUAUGGAUAGAUAAGAUCUUGUCAUUAAAUGGUGACAGCACGGUAUCCGUAACUAGAGAUACGUUAUUGAAAAAGGGCGUUAAUGAAUACACUAUGCAAGACAAGUUAUUGAAAUGCAAGGACUGUCUAGUAAAACUAGUCAUAAAUUUCUUGUUAUUGUCCAUUAGUCCAAAUAAAAGUUUUCGAUAAUA